UGUGCCAUGGCGUAUUGUGCAGGCAACAAGACUCCUUGUCCAAGAGGAAUGACAGGAAUAGCACCAAACUGUAAUGUCUCGAAGAUCGUCGAGUUUCCAUACUCUGAUGUGCCUCGCCCGAAAGUUGAUUACGUAAAAAACAUAAGCACUUUGGCCAUGAGCUGCAAAUUUGAUUUUCCCCCUUGGAAUAACGUUUCGUACGCUGUGAAAUGGUUUGCGGACGGCAAAUUGAUUCGUACACAGUGGAUGUGCGUAGACGAAAAGGUGGGGACGUGCGAACGGAACAAUUUGGAAUCGAUAAUAAACUUUGGAACUUUUAAAAUGGGUCAAAAUCUGCAUUGUGGAAUUUCAAUGAAAUAUUCAACAAGUCCUGAUAACAAAUGGUCAAUGGCAAAAUACAGCAAUAAUUUCUACGUUGGAAUUGAGGUCACUCCACGAGUAGCAAUUUUUGUGAAAGAGUGUGAAAGAAACUCCGAUGUAAACGUAAACUUAAGACCGACAGUUCCAAUAAUAUACAAAAGUCUAUACUUAUCUCCAUUAGAUCACCUGGACGUAACGAUUCUUGUUCCGAAAAGGUAUUCAUAUCAAAGAAAGCACAUUGCUGUCACUACAUGUAAUGUUAAACUAAAAACAGAGGACAUUUUGACUGGGAAAAAUAUUACCAUCAAAGCAAUCUGCGAUGACCUAAACGAAGGCUCUUCCAACGAAGAAAAUUUAGAAAAAUCACAGUUUCACUUUGUACCGGAAUCAACAUAUCUGCCCUGGGUCGGCUAUCGACCACCGGCUUUGGUUAUAAAGAUUAAUAACACAGAAAAAAAAACUUGCUCUGGUCUUGGCGAUCCACAUUACGUGACAUUUGAUGGAAAGACAUUCGAUUUUUACGAACCUGGGGUCUAUCUUAUGUACAGCAACCCCAAUAAAAGUGUGGAGGUUCAAGCCCGUCUUUGGUUGUGUACUUAUGCUAAAAGACAAGUUUCCUGUAACUGCGGAGUCGCUAUAAGAGAAAGGAACGAUAUUGUGGUUUUAUCAGUUUGUAACGCCAAACUUAUCCAUGAACCAUCUAAAUCUUCUCCAAUAAUGAUAAAUCAACGUAAUGCAGAACAUAAGCCGCUAGCAGAUGGUUUGUAUAUCUACAAAAAGAGCACAGGGGGAAAAAUGGAAUAUAAUGUAUUGUUGCCUUCCGGGACACUCGUCCGUGUGUCCCGCCAUUCGUUGGGUUUAGACAUUUACAUCGAUGCACCAAGUACUGACAAGAGUCAUGUCUCGGGGUUUUGUGGUAAUUUCAAUGACGAUCCAAAUGAUGACCUAAAGGGAAAAGACGGUGUACUCUACACUAACUAUAAUGAAUUUGGAAGAACUUGGAUCAUUCCUUAUGAGAUGAGCUAUUUCAAGAUUGAUCCAACUCCGAUACCACCCAUACCUGAUGUGGAGUCUUGCUCAUGCCCGACGGAGGAAACUGAAAAUGCAAUGACACUUUGUAAUAAAACUGGAAAUUAUUAUUAUGACUUAAAGAGCUACGGGGAAAUAUUCACGCUUUUGCAGACGCCAUCCGAUGAUCAGUCAAAUUACGGCAGCAAGAAACGGUCUGUAGACGGUCACUGGUACAGUGAUAACAUAAUUGAUCACGUGGAUCGAAGCUACUUUGUAGAUGAUCCACAAGUACAGCAUGCUAUGAACAGAAUACGAAGCAAGAGAUCACCCAAAGCAGAGAUGUCAAAGGAGGAAGCAACGAAGUAUUGUAGAAGUCAUAUAGAGGACACGAAUGCAGGAAGGUCAUGCAAAGAUGUUUCAAGUGCAAACAUUGAAAUUGCAAUGGAACAAUGUAUCACAGAUUUAGAGUUGUCUGGAGAAACAGCAUUUGCAUAUUCAGCUUUUGAUUUCAUGGCGUACGAGUGUAAAGAUGCUAUUUUCAAGAAUGUUUCACUCUACACAAGAAGUCCAGAUGGUGACUUAGUACCUCCUACAGAAUUAGUAAAAGACCUAUGUCCUUCAGACUGUAGUGGACGUGGCAAGUGUAAGAACAGAACCUGUAUAUGUGACGAAGGUUACACUGCGCUGGAUUGUUCCAUGGAGAUUGGUGCAGUACCUGAAGUACUGGGCAUCUACAACGGAGGACUUUGUGAUCUUCGAGAACGUCCUUGCAGAAAAACUAAUAUCAAGGGCCAGUAUUUCAUUAGCUCAGAAAAUCUGACCUGCCAUGUUCAAGAAAUCGAGGUUUUCCCAGGUCCUUGGUCUCCCCGUGGACAACCUAUCAAAUUACCUGGAGAUAUGUUCGAUCUGUAUGGUGUUAAAUGCGACCUCCCUGAUCCACCGACGAGACUUGGUGAUUAUGAUCAGGAGGGAACCCCUGCUGGGGGACUUAUUAUCUCAGUUUCUAACGAUGGCUUCAAUGCAAGUGUACUAAGACUAAGACACGUGUCCUUCGAUUCCAAGUGUAUGAACUGCAGCAAUUCAAGCAUAUGUGAACGUAAACCGAAUUCCUGUCUGAUCAGAGGACAUUGUUUUGCUGCCAACGAGCCAAACCCACGUGACUGGUGCCAGCAGUGCAUACCCAGAGAUGACCAGAAUUCCUGGACGCGUAGGAAAAUUAACCAGGCACCGAAGUUCACUACCAAGAAAACCAUGUUUGCAGUUAAAGAAGAAGAUCUCGUGAUACAGCUGAAAGCAACAGAUCCUGAUAACCGUCCUGUAACAUUCUCUCUACUCAGUUCUACAGCUACUGGCCACACAUUGAGUACAGCUGGUCUACUAAGAUGGAAGGUCACGUCGAAUGAGAAAUUCACCUUCAAAGUGACUGACGAGUGUGAAGCGUUUGAUACAACAGACAUGAGAGUGCGUAUAGUACAAUGCCCGUGUCUGAAUGGUGGCCAAUGUGUACCCCACCCCUACCAUCCACGGGGUUCUGGUCUGUAUCAGUGUAAAUGCGUGAAUGGAUUCAGUGGAGACACAUGCGAAAGGUGCCCUGGACUAGUCUGUCCUCCUCGAAAUCUCAGUGUAACAACUUUAAGUUCAACAAAAAUCCAAGUUGAAUGGGUCGAGCCACAAGACAAAGCAUUGGACUAUUAUCUUUUAGAGUAUGGUCCAAAGGAACAAAAACCAAAAAUGAAACGUGUAUCAAAGACUAUGACUAGCUACACUCUAACCGAGUUGCGAAAGUUUACAGAUUAUCGAAUUGGCUUGUCUGUGGUGAAUGCUGAUCGAACAAAGAAAGUUGAAGUCUCAGCUAAAACAGCUGAGGAUGUGCCCGAUGCUCCUCCACUUAUAACCGACAUCACUCCUGUUAGCCAUGAUACCAUGAAGGUCACAUGGUCACCAAUAGUCGAGGACAAACGCAACGGUAUCAUCAAAGGUUACAGAAUCUACUACAAAGCUGGAUUACCAGGCGGCAACUGGGGAAAGUGGAGGUCGCUUACUACAAGGGACGGAGAUGCUAAAAGUGCUAUCGUUACAAGGCUGAAGCCGGCUACUUCGUAUUGUUUCAAGAUGUCCGCUUUUACAAGGAAAGGACAGUAUCGUCUCUGGAUGACUUCGGAAUGUUGGAUGAAAAAAACGGCUUCGCAAAAUGAAGAAUAAUGAACUUGCGAAUACAAAGAUCCGAACUUCUAUGGAAAAAAAGAUGCAUAUGAUUUUCAAAUAAUGGUCCCCAACUACUAUUUAAUUUCAAUGUUUAUGUUCAGUGGUUUGAGCCACCUGGUGUUGCUGAGUAGUGAAAUUUCUAA